AUGAAGACACAGAGGAAAGCUUUCCUUCAGGUCAGGAGUCCAUGUCCACCAGCGGCGAUCUCAGCCUCGGUGGCGGGCUGGCUGAUGACAAGCAGAAAGAUGGCGCCACGGGCGGGCCAAAGGAAAUCAAGAAAGGGGAGAAGGAGAAAGACAAGGACAAGAACAAAGCAAAGAAGGGUGUUCUGAAAGGCCUGGGUGAGAUUCUCAGGUUUGGAAAGAGCAAGAAGGACGAGGACCGGAUUGAGAGGAAGAACUCAAGAAGUUCUAGACCUGAGGAAGUCCAGGCAAAUGAAGAUGAGACUGUCCAAAUGAAGCAGGAACAAGAAAGAAUUCAUGCCAAGACAUGGGAACAUCGGGAGCAGCAGGCCAAGGAGAGGGAAUAUGCAGAGAUCCAAGAUGUCAUCAGCCGCACUUUCAGCUCAGAUGAGGAGCACACUUACGCUGGCAUUGGGUCGUUGGGCUCUUCUCUAGAUAGCAGCAGCGUGGACGCAUACAGCCACCACUACCAUCUCCCUCAGAGCCCACAGAGCCCUCACACACCCCUGAACCUCCAGAGCAAUGGUCCACCCCUGGAGGCGCUGUACGCCCAGGUCAACAAGCAACGCAACGGACGACCUGCAGCUCCAGACAGCAGUCAGAUGGCUCCCAGUAACCAUGACCGGAUACAGCGGCUGAGGCAUGAGUUCCAACAGGCCAAGCAGGAGCCAGACGAACAUCAGAGAUCCUUCGGCUUCGACCAGGCCCGGGUGAACCAGGUGAGCAAUGGGACGGAGACACAGAGUGGACGCCAUUCUGCAACAGUUGACACUCCGAAUCAGCAGCAAGAGGACAGAGACGGCUUCCAGCAAGCAUCGAGGCAGUACAGCUCCCUGCCGCGGCAGCCUCAUAAGAAGCCCAGCACAGUGUCCCAGGACUCCUGGGAAAGGUCGUAUCCAUCAUCCGAGGAUUUCCAGACGCCUAAGGAGAACCCUCGUCUCUCUAUGGGCCCGGGCUCUCGUAACGGCUUCACUGGAAAACCCAAUCUAAAUGCUCGGGUCCUCCUAGAGACCCAGGAAUUACUGAGGCAGGAACAGAGACGGAGGGAACAGGAGGCGAGGAAAACCAGACCAUCUCCUGCGCAGGAACCCCCAAACAGCAACAGCAGCAGCAGCGCCUACAACCACAGCGCAGACCACAGCCAGGCCUCUGCCACAGGACAUGUACCGACACCACAGAGAUCUAAAGGCCCCUACAGGCAGGACGUUCCCCCAUCACCUUCCCAGCUGGCCAAACUCUGCCACCGCCAGGGCUCAGAGAAGGGGAGGUUUUUAUAUUCCUGAGGCGGGGAAGAGUAAAAUGAUCCGGACUGAUUGGAACAAGCAAUGUACACAGCAUAGACGCAUCAUGGGCAACAAGUCUGUUUUUUUUAAUACCUUUAUAAAUAAUAUUUUUUAUUGGUUGGUUGUUAUACAUUUUUGAUAUUUCAAAGAAAGAUUUUUAUAAUAUAAAUUUGAUCCUUUGUAGAUGUAGCGAAAGCUAAUGGGAGAGGUUUUACUGUUCAGCGUUGUUUUAUAUAUUUGUGUAAAGUGCCUUUUUGGUCGCCUUUCUACUCAUCACUACAUCACAAGGUAAAAAAGCUGGUUCAGCUUUAAGCAGCAGACUGAUUUAAAGAUAGUUCAGGGUCCCCACUGAUGUCUUUGUUGUUUUAAUGUUUAUUUGAAAAUUUGUACUUUCAUGAAAACGUCAUUACUCAUUGUGUUUGUGUGAGUAGAAGUGUUGGCAGGAACCAACAUGUGGAGAAACGGAGCUGAGGUUAAGGAGCUUGUGUGAACUGUUCAGUCGGAGCAAGGAUUUUAGUCCCACCACCCACCCCUCCUGUUACGCUACGCUUCAGGGAAAUGCCCAUUUUGGGUUUCAAAAAGCACUCUUCCUCUGUACUCCCCCCAUCCCCACCCCUCACAUUCACUAUGAUAAUCCUAAAUUCUCUCUUCCUUUUGGCUGGCUUCUUUAUCUCGGCGUUUUCUCCUCACCCUGUCACCCUCAUCCCUCUGCUCCCUCCGUGGAAGAAAACAGCUUUAGAUCUUCUUAUUCUUGCUCUGCUUCACUCACCCAGGGACAACCAGCAGAACAAAACAGGGUCAGCUCUGGGUUAUUAAUUAAUGUGUCGAGUCAAAAAUAAAUGCGGUCCUCUGUGUGUGUUUGUUGUCAUGCUCGGAGAGGGAGGUGAGACCGCCUCUGGCUCCACCUAGAAGGAUUGGUUGUGACCAGAGCUCGCUCUAGGUGUCAGAGCUGUUCCUCCAUGAAUAUUUCAUCACUACGGCUCCUUAGGAGACCACAUCAACUGUGCAGUUGGUACCUAUCUGUAGGCCACUUACAAUAGAGCUGAUUUUGUUUUCCCUCUUGAUUGGGAGCAUUCAUAAGAAACCCCUCAGGAGCCCUUUCUUUGUUCAGUCAAUAAUAAGUAGUGUGUUUGUUUUUCAUUUCUGAGCUCCUUCUUAUAUUUCCAUACUUAGCAUAUGGGGACACACAAUCUGAGGCCACUUUUUGCAGAGUGUCAGAUAAACGAUUUAUUUCAGGUUAAAAUAAAGGAUUAAAGAUUUAUUUCUAUAUUACUGACACUUCGACAAUAGUGGUCUGAAUGUUUUAUCUAAUGCACAUUUUUUAGGAACAAACAUAAGUGUUUGAUUGUGUUCAGGGUUUUAUUUGAUACAUAAUAAGGAGGAGUGUACUUACAUAUAACUAAUUUGUGGAGAUUCACUGAUGUGGUCGCUUCUGAUCACAGAUUUUUCUUAAGAUAAGACCUGCCAAGACUGAUUUAUUACUUUUUAAAGACUAUGAAUGCGAAUAAAACAAAACCAUAAAACAUACAUAUUUACAUACAUACAUAUUUUCUUAAAACAUUAAUUGUUUGUAUGUUUUUUUUUUUUUAGAUUCUGGCCAGAGGUAAAGGGGUUAUCUGAUUGAAGAUACCUGUUAUUACUUAAGUUUUGGGUAUUCACUGAUUUUAAAACAAAUCAUCAGUUUUCUCUGAUCUCGACCUGUAAAUCAUAAAUGUAUUGAUUUACUUCACCAGCUAAUUUCUCUGUGGAUCUAUGUCAUUUAUGAAUGAAAUGUUACAUCAUGAUUAUAACAGAUUUCUUCAGGAGACACAAGCAUUAAAAUUCAGAUUUCAAUGUCAAUAUUUUAGUCCUGUUUUAUAGAGAUUCAGGCAAAUGCUUUGGAUUUCUUUGGAAAGAUGUUUAUAAGGUCUUGACAUCAACUCUGGUUUACUUCAGCAGAAUAAUUUUACCCAAGUUUGAUUUGUCAAAGCUCCAGCUUUUUAUUUUGAGUACAUGCAUUCAAUGGUGUUAAGAAACAACUGUCUGUAGCUCUAUAGAAUUACUCUGGUCUACCUAAAAUGUAACUUGCCCGAGAAAACACAGUUUAUUUUCUAUUUAAACUGUAUAAACCUGGUCUUUAGGGUGCUACUAUUAUUGUUUCUCCUAUUUUAUUAUUUCUAACAAUUAGUCCAUGAAUCUUUAUUUAAUUGUAUUGUUUUUGCAAUGUUCUUACAAAACCAUCAUUGCCAUAAGAGGUUAUACAGCAACUAGUGCAGUUAAAUUAUCUACUGGUUAAAAUGGUACAUACUGGUAUUGGUCAAGUCAUUUAUACAGGCUUUUAUUAUCAUAGGCCCCUUUUUUAGGUAUAAAUAUAACUUACUUAGAAAAACUGAGAUUUUUUUUUACUGACUUGGCUUCCCUUAAGCUAUGAUGACAAGACGGGUAAAACAACUUUACCUAAAAUGGUUCUAUCCAUCCCAUAAUUCAUAGCCUGGGUGCCAUUCCGAACUUAGUCCCGCCCACAACGUUUGAGGUUGGGAAGUUCGGUCUGGCAUUGCUCAAUAGUAGCGCGAGUAUGCUCGCACAAUAUCUGGCGGGCCAAUCAAAUUGUCAA